ACGACUGCAACUUGAGGCAGAAAUGGCGAGCGGUGGAAAGGUGUCAUUCAAAGUCACUCUUACCUCCGAUCCAAAGCUUCCUUUCAAAGUGUUUAGCGUCCCGGAAGCGGCUCCCUUCACCGCCGUCUUGAAAUUCGCGGCCGAGGAGUUCAAAGUCCCUCCUCAAACCAGUGCCAUCAUCACCAACGAUGGUGUUGGAAUCAAUCCUCAACAAAGUGCAGGAAAUGUCUUCCUUAAGCAUGGAUCUGAACUUCGCCUGAUUCCACGCGACAGGGUUGGAGCUUCCUGAAUGUUCUGUGUUAUUCAGUUUGGUUCUAAGUUUCAUUGAGUUUGAUAUGAGGGAACAGCUGAUUAGCACAAAUUUUCAAAGUUGAUAGAAAAUACUGUAUAUUUUUUCUCUAAUUGUUGAUUCCCUGUUAGAACAUCAAAUAAAUAAUAACACAUAAAUUAAGUGAAUGGUGUUGAAGGCUUAACAGUCAUCUUUCUGUUUGUGUAAUAAGUAACCAUGAGGAACGACAAUGGUGCUGAAUGUUAUGGAUGUGAUACCAGCGCUACUGCAUCUUCGUUGGUACGAUUGACUCAGUGGUAAAAAUGUACAUGAUGUGUGUGUUUUCAUUUUAGGAAAAUAUAGAUAGAGAUGAGGCGUGUGGGUUAGGCACACGACUCUGCUCGCGGCUGUCUCAGUGGUCAGUAAUAAGGAUGAUGACGCUUGGGAUGGGUUAGUUGGGUACGCCGCUUGUUGGGGCAAUGCAACUUGGACCAAUCGGAUCUUUCUCUAGACAAGGUAUAGACUA